AAUGUUGGAGAACACUUAAAAGGUAAAAUGCAUAAUUUAAAACCUGGCCCUGAAUAUUAUAUGCUUCUAAAAAGUGCUAAGAGUUACAAAUUACAAGAUCCUUCUGAGUCACCAAGUAAAAUUAAAGAAAAAUACAAAUCAUUUUCUCCUGCAACUAUAUCAACUGUUACAAAAGAUCAGCUACAAGUGGACUUUAAUAUUCAAACUCAAAUAGCUACUGAUCCAUUUGAAAGAGAAGAAUUAAUAAAGUCUGACUCAAAAGAAGAAGAAUUAAGAAAGUCUGAUCAAGUUUUAAGCAGCCAUUUAUCUACUGAAUCUACUGAACCAUCAGUUGUUGAUUUUGUUACUUUUAAUAAUAAAAAUGAAAUUGGUGAUAUUCAAAGUGAUGCUUUUGAUGAAGAUGAUAAUAAUGAUGAUGAUGGUGAUUAUAUACCCUCUGAGCAAGAGAGUGAUGAAGAAACAUUAAAAAAACUUUCUCCAUCUAUUGAAGAUUUGUUAAACGAUUUUUAUCAUUAUCUUACAGGACCUGAUAGAGCUAGAAAAAGUAGAUCUAUUGAAAGGGUUAAAAAUGACGUUAAAAGGAUUUUUUUGGCUGUUGGUUUAACAAAUUCAAUAAAAUUAUUGUUUGAAAAUGACACAGAUGUGAUAAGAAAAAACUAUCUUCAAGUAUAUUGUGUAAACAGAAAGUUAGAAGCUGGUUCAAUUAAAACAUACUUAAACUCUUUAAAAGAUUUUUGUUCAUAUCUUAUAAAAUCAAAGUAUCGUGAAUUUGACCUGUCUUUUGAAACUAUAUUUCAAACUAUUUUAAAUAUUGAAAAUUGGAGAAAAAAUUACCGUGCUAAAGACAGUAUAAGAAAACAUAAAAGAGCUGAAGAUGACCUUUUAAUGCUUGUUACCCCUGAACAGGUAAAGAAAUAUGAGCAGAGCAAAAAUGCAUCAACUGCAAAAAAAUUACUUGAGGAUUUGAAAAACAAUCCGAAUAAAGAAUUGACUAUGUUUGAUUAUUGUUGUUAUAGGGACCAUGUCUUUUUUAUUAUACACUUUGCCAGUGCCCAUAGAUCAGGUGUAACAGCAAAUAUGACUAUGGAAGAAUUUUUUAAAAUGAAAGUUUUUAAAGAUGGUAUGAAAAUGAUAAAUGUAUGGGAUCAUAAAACUGUUUCAACUUAUGGUCCAGCAAGAGUGACUUUAAAUUCUAUUGAAUUUGAAUGGAUUGAAGUUUUUGUGAAUCAUGUUAGAACAAAAUUACCUGCUAUUCAUUCAGAUAAAGUAUUUUUAUCAUGGUCUGGGAAAGAAAUGUCUUCUGGGGAUAUAAGUGGAAGAUUACAUUCGCUUUGGGUGAAAGCUGGUAAUUUUGAUGGGCGCUUUGUACCCAAAAAGCUCUCUGCUAACAUUGUCAGAAAAACAACUUCCACAUUAGUUCGUAAUAGCGAGUUUUAUAAAGAUAGAGGUGUUGUGGCUGACUCAAUGAUGCACAGUGAACUAACUGCUGCCACUCAUUAUCAUACCAGAAGUCAAGAGCUUAAUGCAAUUACUGGUGGCAAUAUUGUGCGCAAAAAUUUUUGUCGUUCCCCACUAACUAAAACAGACGAAGUUGAUAAAAGUAGUUUAACUGAGGAAAAAAAUGAUCAGCUUCUUACGUCAGAGAACCUCUUAAGUAAAAAUGAUUUUAGUUUUUCUUUGAUGAACACUCCUAAAAAAAUCUGGAGUAAGGAAGAAACAAGUUCUUUAAAUUUAUUAUUUCCUGAUAAUAAAUCUCAAAAUAUAUCGUAUAACCAAGUAAAAUCAAUGCUUGCCAAAUCUCCUUCAAUUAACAGUUCACCUAGACAAGUUUAUGACAAGCUGAAAAGAAUGAAAAGAAAGUAUCUGGAAGAUAUGCCAGAAGAAUCAAAGGUCAAGAAAAAUUUGCAGUUUGAACGCAAAACUUGGUCUUCUGAACAGAUAAAUGAGUUAAAAGUUAAUGGAAAAGAAUUAAUUUUGGGAGGACCUUUAUCACGAAGCCGAAUUUUAAGUGUUCUAAAAAACUCUAAACUAUUAAAAGAUUUCACCAUCACACAGUUGAGAACACGAAUUAAUCAUGAACGAAAUUAAACUUAGCUGUUUCUUGACUAUAACUUAUAAAUAAACAGUUAUUAUUUUUUUAUUUUUAAGUAUUUAAAUAAACAUUCCAGCUUUGUUAUUUCUUAUAUUAGGUUCCUUUUUUCAAUAUUAAGCUUAACUUUUAUGAUUACUAACGUGUGGCUUGGGAAUGUUUCCAUAAGGCCAUUUCCUUAUUUAAAUACACCACUAUGGAGAAAUAGUUGAAUCAGUUUUUACAACCAGAUGUCUUUCAUGGCAUUAACCUGUUAUGAUGAUCAGGACUAAGUAUUUUUAAUGUGAUACACUAGGUAUAUUAUCAUACAAGGUUUGCAAGUUCCUCCAACUUUUCCCCACAAAUAAAUCAAGGGGUUUUAUAUCAUAGCUUUCUUUGUCCUAGAAAAGUUGUCUUUGCCACAGUUAAAGAGCUUUACCUGCCAUAAUCAAGUAUCAGUUUAACUUCAUUACCAGAACAAGGAUUGAUUCAUAUAUAUUAAAUGUUAUCUUGCUUACAUUCAAUCACUAACAAUAUGAUAAAAUUUGAAAAAGUAGUUUUUACAAAAAUGGGCAGAAUUUUUAAAUCAUCAUAAAUAGAGACAAUUUAAACUUAGAUUAAGGUUUAUUACUCUGUUAAUUUGAAACUAAUGACAAAUUCUCUUAAAUUAUUUCAAUCGAAAAAGAUAAUUUUCUAAAAAAAAGGAACACAUGAUAAAAGUGAAUAAGAAUGAUUAUUAUGAAUAUGAAUAAGGACUUUUUAUGAUGUCACUAACAAAAAUUAAACCUAAAAUAUAAUAGCACUGUUAUUUUUACCUUUUUUAUUAUGACUGAUAAUAAUUAUUAAUUUAAUACUGAUUAAGAUUUUAUAAAAACAAAUUAAAAAUCUAAGGAGAGCUCUUAAAUUCAGUGUUAUCCCUUGGACAUCUUUUUAACACACAUUUAAGAUUAAUUUUUAAAUUAAUCUUAAAUGUGUUAAUCUUAAAUCUUUUAAAUUAAAUUUUAAAUAACUACAAGCAAUCUCUCACAGUAAAUGACAAUACAGUUACAGUUGCAGACAACGUCUUACAGUCUUACAGUUAAUGACAACCAAUAGAGUAAAGUUUUUACUGUCAAUUGAAAACAACGUUUAAAAUGCCAACUCAAUCUAGUUAGUGUGUAAAAUAGUUGUAUUUAUUCAUAUUAUAUAAUAUAAACUAUUGGUGCCACCAGUUAGUGCUAGUGAAUAUUUUAAUAUUGUUGUAUUUCUAUUACAACAAAAUAAUAAACUUAAAUGAUGUACUCUUUUUUUUUGCAGUUGAAACCAAUGAAAGUUUCUUUCAGAAAUUAAUGGCAGUGAAGUGGUACCUACAGUUGCAGCUCAAAAUAAGUAGGUUUGAAACUGUCUUUGUGUUGAUUGUGUUCUUUCUUUUAAUAUUUUCUUUACUUGAUAAAAUUAGUAAACUUUGGCCAAAUUUAAUUAGUAAUUUAGUAAUUUGCCUUUCAUUUUUGUUUUUCAGUUCUACUUAUAGAGCAAUACGUGGUAUAGAUACAAAGACGUGGUAUUAAAAAAUGCUACAGUUAAAAAAAAUCGUUUUACGAUUUUUUUGAGGUAAUUGUGAGCCUAAGGCUGAUGAUAAAUAGUACAUCUGGCUCCGUAUAUAUGUAUACACACAAACACACACAAGCUAUUUACAAAUCGAUAUUUCUAUAUUUAGGGUAAACUUUAGGCAAAGAAUGCGAGGAACUGUUAAACUGUUAUGAACAUAUUAUGCACUAUACCAUAUCAUGCACUACACGUGGCGCUCAGUUUACUCGACGAUCCAACUUAACAGGAUAUUAUCCAUUUUUCUAAUAUAUAUACAUAGAUGCAAAGUAUUCAAAAUGAUUAUAUUGUUAUUUAUAUAUUUAGGAUACAUUUAAACUAAAGACUAUGAAGAGCUGUAAAACUGCUAUUGGCAACAGUUGAUAAUACUAGACGCAUGUGUUAGUAAGUAAUUUGAAUCUCUGGUUGGAAUUCUUUUAAAUGCUUUUAUGCUUUUUACCCAUUGUUGCUGUGGAAAAGCUCAAUACCAAAGAUUUAAUAAAGGCAGAGUUAGGCAGGGUCGAAGGAUAUUUUUCGAACUAAUAAUCCAUUGUAGUGAAAAACGAACUAGUUCAAUCUUUUAAAAAAAAAAAGUUUUUUAGAUCAUAAUCGUCUUUGAAGUAAAAAAGUAAACAUGCCCAGUGGGCACAAGAAGCGUUUUAAACGUCUAAAUCACGUAUUAAAACGUUUUAAUACAUAUUCUAGACGUUUAAAACACGUCUCGUGCCCAUUGGGUGAUUUGAAGUAAAUUUCCAUUUGUUUUAUUUUUUUCAAGAAAAAAAAUUUGAAACUAAA